CUGACACAGUUUUAAAAAGCCUCAGUGGAACAGUGGUCUGUGGACAUGAGGACAUAUGUUGUGUUUAUUACAGCGUUGCUGUUCCCAUCCCUCAAGGCAGUGUGUCCAGAUAAAGAGCUAAAUCUUCAACCAUGGACCCCAGGGCACAGUGAAGACCACCGUGUUACCAUCAACCACAAUCAGAAAAUCCUGCUAACAUCUUCAGCUACAGUCCACUCCAUUGAGAUUCUGAAUGGAGGAAAACUGGUGAUAGCAGAUACCAACCGGCCCAUUCUCCUUCGAACAAAACAUAUUUUAAUUGGAGCCAAAGGAGAACUGCACAUCGGAAGUCCAGACUGUCCCUAUAAAGGCAACCUCACCAUCUCUCUGUUUGGAAGACUGGACCACAGUGAUGAAGAACACCCCUACUUUGGGAGGAAGUUCAUCGGCGUGGGAACAGGUGGGACUCUGGAGAUUCACGGGAAGAAAAAGCUGUCCUGGACUUUCCUCAACAAGACUCUUUAUCCUGAAAAACCCCAAAACCAGUACCAGUUCCAGGGGAGCUGGGGAAACAGAGGCAUCAUUGUGCACACGAUAGAUCAGAACACCGGCAAGGUUCUGCACAGAGACAGGUUUGACACAUACCGCAGUAAGAAUGAGAGCCAUCGUCUUGCACAGUACGUCAAUCAUAUAGAGGCGGGGCUUAUUUUGGUUGUGGUGGUCAAUGAUGAAGGAUCCAACAACUUGGAGGACUCGGCCAAGAAAAGCCUGUCCAAGCUGGGUAGUCGACACAUCCACAGGCUGGGAUUUCGCCAUCUGUGGGCUUUUAUUGUCAAAAAAGGGGAUGUUUCUUCUGCUGUGGAGGGUUACUCAGUUUAUCAAGGAUCCAAAGCUUCAUCACAAGUUCAGAUCUCUGGUGUUUUUCCAUCAAAGUACGGGGAACUCUUCACCAUCACCGCCAGCAGCCAGUGGGUGCAAGAGACUGAGUGGUCUGGCUGGUUUGACAGAGAUGAUGAAAGGGGCUCUGGAGACUGGGAGAAGCUCUCCGACCUGCAGAAGGCUUUUCCAGACCAAGUGUGUAGCAGUCCGCUGGACAUUCAGGCUGAAACCCAUGAUGGUGUACCAUGCAACCAGACAGGAGAUGUGAUCUACAAGAAUGACAAGAACUACGGCUUUGUAUGCCGGAACCAGGACCAGACCCACGGCCUGUGUCAGAAUUACAGAGUCCGCUUCCUGUGUGGAAAACUGGCUCGUCCUCAGAUCUCUGUCUCAGUGGACCUGCUGUUGGACAGCAGCAUCCUGGAUCUUGCAGAGCAGCCCAUGGGUUGGGGGUCCCAAGAUCGGGUAGUUGUUGCCAGUACAGACUACUCCAUGCACCAAACUGAAGAGUUUACACUGCUGCCCUGUCCACACUGCCAACCUAACCAGGUCAGGGUCAAAGGUAAAGCCCAGUUUAUUCACAUGGGUGAGGAGGUGGAUGGGGUGGAUAUGAGGGCUGAGGUGGGUCUGCUGACCCGGAACAUCCUGCUCCGUGGUGAGACUGAGCCCAACUGCUACAGCAAUGACGCCUGCAAGUUCUUCACCUUUGACCCAUUUGGUGGACAUUUGAAGGUGGAGCGGGGGUUCAGGGCGGUUCAUAUAUCUGGGGUGGAGCUCCUGCACAUGGGCCAGCAGACCAUGGGUCACUACCCAGUUCAUUUCCACAUGAAUGGAGAUGUGGAUGAGAGAGGAGGGUACAGCCCCCCAACCUCUGUCAGUGAUGUGUCCAUCCACCACUCCUUCUCCCGUUGCAUCACCAUCCAUGGGACCAAUGGACUGCUGGUAAAGGAUGUGGUGGGCUACGACACGCUGGGCCACUGCUUCUUCACAGAGGACGGUCCAGAGGAGAGGAACUCGUUCGUCCACUGCCUGGGUCUGAUGGUGAGAGCAGGAACUCUGCUGCCUUCAGACAGGGACAGUAAAAUGUGUCGAGGUAUCACCGAUGGAGCAUACCCCGGAUACGUGGCAAACCCCCGUCAGGACUGCAGCGCAUCUUCAACUUUCUGGAUUGCCAACCCCAACAACAACCUGAUCAACUGUUCUGCUGCAGGGUCAGAGGAAACUGGCUUCUGGUUUAUCUUCCACCAUGUGCCGACGGGCCCCUCGGAGGGCCUCUACUCUCCGGGUCAGAGCGAACACACCCCAAUGGGACAUUUCAGCAACAACCGGGCCCAUUCCAACAACAGAGCUGGACUAAUCCUGGAUCACGGAGUCAAGACCACCCAGGCUAACGACCGGGACAAGAGACCAUUUCUGUCUCUGACUGGUGCCAGGUAUGGCCCACACCAGGAUGCAGACCCCUUCAAACCCAGAGUCCCAGCUCUGGUCCAUCACUUUGUGGCCUACAAGAACCAGGACCAUGGAGCCUGGCUGAGAGGAGGAGACGUCUGGCUCGAUGACUGCCACUCAGAAACCAGAAUCACAUCUCGGGUGUUCUUUGGGGAGCCGGGUCCCUGGUUCAGUCAGAUGGAGAUGGAUGGGGAUAAGACAACCAUUUUUCAUGACAUUGACGGAUCUGUCAGUGAGUAUCCUGGAGCCUUUCUGGUUAAGGAGGACAACUGGCUGCUCCGACACCCUGACUGCAUUGAUGUGCCAGAUUGGAAGGCUGCGAUCUGCAGUGGUCACUUUGCACAGAUCUAUAUCCAAAUCCGAAACCCUGCCAGCCUGAUGAUGCGUAUAGUGAAGAACGAGUACCCUGACCGGCCCCUGACACUAGAAGGGGCCCUAGGAAAGAAAAAACACUACCAGCAGUUCCAGCCGGUGAUCACGCUGGCCAAAGAAUACACCGUUCACUGGGACCAAGCAGCACCUGCAGAGGUCACCAUCUGGCUCAUCAACUUCAACAAAAAUGACUGGAUCAGUAUGGGUCUCUGCUACCCACAAGGCACCAACUUCACAGUCAUCGCUGACAUCCAUGACCGGCUGACCAAACAGACCCGUAAGACUGGAGUCUUCAUGAGGACCACUCAGAGGGAGAAGAUCAACCACUCCAACCUGAGCAGAGGAUACUACUACUGGGAGGAAGAUACCGGCCUGCUCUUCCUGAAGGUCAAAGCUCACAAUGACAGGGAACAGUUUGCCUUCUGCUCCGUGAAAGGCUGUGAGAGAAUCAAGAUCACUGCCAGCAUCCCUAAAGGAAGUCCACCUAGCAACUGCCUUAUCAAGACCUACCCCAAACAUGCUGAGAGGCCUGUGGUAGAUGUCCCCAUGCCCAGGAGGAUACCCACCUCCAGACUGAACUCAGCCGAGCACUUCCUGGAGGUCAAACUGGUCUCACACAGUUCUCGCUUCUUCCAUAUUAAAGAGGACGUUGCCUUCACUGAGGUGAACGGUAGGAAGUUGCUCCAAGCAGAAGAUGGUGUGCAGUUGACAGUAAUUGAUGGACAACAUGGAAACAUUGUGGAGACCAAAAGUUUCAGAAGCUCCGUCUUACAGGGUGUCCCUGCACAGAUCCAGAAUUAUGUCCAUGGACUAAAAGACAGGUCCAUUGUCCUCAUGACAACUAAAGGCCGUAUGGUUCCCAGGGGAUCCUGGACCAAAGUUCUGGAGAAACUUGGUGCAAGCAAAAGCACCAAAUUAAAAGAAAAGAUGGUGUUUGUGGGCUUUAAAGGCUCGUUUCAACCAGACUGGGUCAAACUGGAAAUUGGCACUGAGCAGGCAAAGAUCCAUCAGGUUCUGAGUGUUCCUGUGCUGCACAAGAUGAAGCUGUAA